AUGGUAAAUAUUCUUGAAUUUGAAGAAUUUAUAACAAGAGCACUUGGUUUCACAAAGACUUCAGAAUUUAAUCUUUCGUCAUAUGUAGGAGGACUUGGAUUUGGAACUGGACUCUCAUUAGUCUUUACAAAAGCACUUCGAACUAUAUUUGUAUUAGCUUCAGGAGGAUUAUUAAUUAUACUUGUAUCAAUUACAUUACACAUAAUUUCUAAGAAAUAUUAA